AUGAAACCUAAAACAUUCUUCUGGUGGAGUUGUGAGGUCGUGAAAUCUCUGUCCGCUGCAUAUCGAGAUUACUGUGAGAGCAUAAUGAUUCCCGUAGAAUCAUCAAAAAAUGGAAAGCUAAAAAAGUCCUUUCAAUCUCUCCUCCAUUCCCUACAGGAAGUCGAAUUUUGGCUACCUUCCCGCAAAAUUUUUAAAUGUUUUCUUGCCUUCCACCCGAUUUAUUGAUGCAACUACUACUAACUUGAUACAGAGAAUGUGAAAGUGAGAGCAUAUCAUGGUUCAGAUAUUCGUGUAGGAGACCACCAAACGAACCAAAGGUGCUAAAACAAUAAGUCGGUAGUUGUUAUUGGUUGCAUACUCGGAUCAUUGGUGUAUGGCGUAUUUGGUUUACAUCUGUAAUAUUUUCUUUGUGCACGACAGCAUUUCCAUUGACUGAGACUAUUUGAAUAAGAAGUAGCACAUAAUCAUAAGUCAUUUUCCUCGACAGCCUGAGGUCAACAACUUUUAACAGGAAGUUGGAGGGCCCAAUAGAAUAACGUGAAGAUGGCAGUAGACGACGCCCCCAACGGCGCGCCAACUAUGGCUGUCGCACCAACAGGGGAUAGUGAAGGUACUAGGACUUUAUCACAUGCUCCUGUAGAAGAUGCUAGUGGAGCUGUUCGAGGAAAUAAUGAACGUUCAUGUAGUUUAUCUUUAAUAUUUAUACCUUCAUGAAAUAAUUUCAAAUAACAAGUAUUAAUUCAUCUGUUAUCGUUCGCCUUGACAUUAUUUGUUGCCACCACUUCCACCACGACCGCAUUUCCCAACAAGAACAAUAACAUUAUCAUUUCCCAUUUGCAACACCUUUCUUCACCACAGGAGGCGAGCAUAGGGGAGCGAGACGGAGUAUAUUGAAGCAUGUCUCACCAGCAAAGAGGGCUAGUGGAAUCUCCAAUGGAGGGGAGGAUAGUCCAGAAAAGAUUCGCCCAAGAGCCGACUCACAUGGUGUACCCAUAGAUAGCGAAGAAAAAAUUAAGGCUCAACAACAACAUUCAUCAUUGUUCAUUUUAUUUUGCAGAGGAUUAAUUUUCUCAAUGUGGUCUGAUACAGGAUCCAGAUACCAACAACCGGCAUCUUCCUGAGUUGUAUGGCUACUAGGAUCCAAAUGUUGAGAAAAUCAUUGGCCGUAGCAAGUAGAAAUGAUGUUUGAGCAGCUCUAACAAGAGGCACUCGAUCGAAUUCGCGACCACGCAGAAUGGAGAAGUAGUAACGGAAGUCGUCGAAGUAGAGACCUACAUCGGGAAAUCAGGUGGUGGCGGAUUAUGUGGCUGCUUCAGAGGAUGA